UAAAAGUGAAAAAGUAAAAUCUAGGGUACUGCCAAAAUAUGAAUCAGUUUGUGCACUAAAAAAUAGUGUCAGCUUGGCAUUUUCUAAAUAACAUAAAUUUGAUCGACUAUACUAAGCAAGUCAGAGAAAACUUAACACCUCAACAUCACCAAUUUAAUAUAAAAAAAACUCCAGAAGAAAUAUUUCUCAUAUAUGUCCUAAAAGAUUAUCUUCUUUUGAACUAUUUGAUACCAUUUUUAAAAUGGGAUAUGUUUAUGCUUGGAUAAUUAGGUGGCAUUCUUUGUUGUGAUAAAGAAUUCAAUUACACCAAAGUAAGGCAUGAAUCAAUCAAGUGAUAAUCCUACAAGAGUUGCAGUAAGCAUGGUAAAAUUUCAAAAGCUAACAUCAUUGUUUAAUAAACACAUUUUAAAUGUCUAUUCCAUUCCCAAAUUUAAAAAAGGGUAUUUUGCAUUGACAUUUUUCAGCAGGACUAUGCAGAAUUGAAUCAUGUAUCUUUAUAUUCUAUUUACUUCCUCUUUCUUCCUCACAUUUUAUUAUAAUUAUUCUCUCCUUUUCUUAUUUUCUCCCUUUUUUCUUUUCACACUUAUAUGUUGUAAAUGUCAACAGGAAAGAAAGUACCAGAAGGCUUGUGUAUACAGCUACUUUGUGACUAUAUUUCACUACAAAGAUAAAACAAAAAUAAUCAGAUUAACAUAUAUUGAAUGAAAACCGUGAAUCAGAAGUGAAACAACUACAUGAGUGAAAUGGAGGAAAUUCUUUCUAAAUGAAAAAGGUAACAAUUAUGCUUAAAAUUAUUGUAUUUCAUGGAAUUGGAAAGAUGGGGAAAGGAUGGUAGUGAAAAGACCAGGAAGUGCUUUCUGCAGAGAAAGUAUGAGAACCAAGGAUUAUACAAUCCAUAAAUGUACAUCUUCAAUGAACUCGACAUUACUCAUACCGCAACAUCGCUACACGAUCACUUCCUUUUAAAAUAUUUCAAGAGUUGAGGUGAGCUGACUGGGAUACUAAUGCAGUGAGAUUUCUUGUAUAUAUGACAUCUUUAAUUUAUUAUCUUUUUUUUUACAGAGGACAGAAGAAAAGUAGUUCCAAAAAGAGAGAUUUCCAUCAGAUGUACAUGUAUAAUAGGAUAUACAGAGGAAUUAAAACAGAGAUUCUGGUAAGCCAAGUUGGACAAUUCCCACUUGACCAAUAAUGCAACUGUGAGAAAUAUGGAAGUCUUGCAGAAUAUUCUACUAGAAGGUAAUGAAAGCCUUCAAUGAGAUGUAUUCUUUCAGUCACUUACUUCUGGACUCUAUCACCAUUGUAUUUUCUUAAGGAUACUUAAUUUCUUGCUGAAAAUUAAGAUGCAUAGUUUGUUAGGUAUAAAACAUUCACAAUUAUUUACUUGAAUAAAAGCACACAAAUGUAUAGGCAAAAAUGACAUUCUUACUUUACUGAAUAAUCAUUGCAUGAUUCUUUACAAUGUCCGCUUCUGUGUCAUUUCUUUUCAGGGGCUUUUGCCUGCUAUCUGAAUAAUUAUGGAUGGCUCAAUAACAUCCCCAAUGGAAAGGGCUUUGAAUGUGACAACAAAUAUUCAACCGAAUAUAUCUAUGAGCCAAACACAUGCUGCAAUAUUUUCCACUCUGACGAUCACUACUAUGAUGCUAGGGAUAGUAGGAAACCUAAUGGUGUUCUUGGCUGUUGCUCUUUCCAAGGGUCUUCAGAACUCCAUCAAUGUCUUUGUGGUGAAUCUAUCAAUAUCUGACUUUAUUUCAGCCAUUAUUCUGCUUUUUCAAGCUGCUGCACUGCUCUUUGAGUCUGAAUGGCCUUUCAGUAAAGGACUUUGUGAUCUUGCAGGAGCUUUGAUCCUUUGGACAAGCUGCACCAGUAUCCUGACUUUAACAGCCAUUGCAGUCAACCGCUACAUCGUCAUCACCAAGACUAAGAGACUUCAGCAGAGGAUCUACACACGCCGUGGAAACACCUUGAUGGUAGCGCUACUGUGGAUGUUUCCAUUCCUAGUUCUGGUGAUUCCUCAGCUUAUUCCUGCAACAGGUGGUAUAGUGUAUGAUCCUAUCUUCAGGACCUGUAUCUGGGAUUCAGAACAUCCUUUAGCCACCGUGUUUCAAAGAAUAGCCAUGGUUAACUCCAUCAGUUGCACUGUCAUCAUAGUCUUCUGCUACACAGCAAUCUAUUGUUUUGUCCGAAGACAUGUCAAGAGAACCCUCAGAAAUUCCAGUGAGAUCAUAGAGAUGGAGGAUAGAUCAAACAAACGGACAUCACCAAGAGGCCCAAGCAUCAAUCAGAUCAAAAUCACCAAAAACUUAGCCCUGGUUGUGUUGGUUGUCUUCAUCUGCAAUUUGCCUUUUGCCCUGAACCUGUCUGUAAAAAAAUUUGGUGUAUACUCAGUUUACCUAGCUCUUCUUGCCAUUCUCCCUUUCUGCUUGAACCCUAUGAUCUAUGCAGCAAGGCAUCCCCAAUUCCAGGUAGUCUUUAAAUGCAUGUUAUUCUGCAGGUUCCGGGAUGUCCCUCAUCCUUCAGAAUGGCUCAAAGCUCUUCUUCGUACGACAGGAUCAGCAAACAGGGCUACACGGUCAAGUCCUACAAUUUGAUAUCUAUCAGAUUGAGUUUAACCGAUUGCCUACUGAUACCAAGUGUACUCUGCACAAAGCCUAUUAGAAUUGCAGAACUUUGUAAACAAGUGAGAAAACCUAAAAAUUACAUCCAUUUAUCACCGCCAGCUUGCUAUAUCGGACUUCACAAUUAAUCAUCGGAUUCAUGAUUAAUUUCCUCAUCCAACAGUAC